AUGACUUACAUACUUCUAUCCGCCGCUGUUGGCUUGGCGGCGUUGUACUUGUACCAUGUCAAUUCAGCCAUGAAGAGAAUCCCAGAGGAAGCCCGGAAACUUUCUCCGCAACGAUGGACUACAGAUGAGAUCAAAGCUGCCUACCAAAAGAACCUGGAGAAUCCAGUCGACGUGACAAAAAGCAUCCCUGCAAAACAGAGUCGCCGCUACGUAGUAGUGGGUGGAGCUGGCCUGGUGGGAGGUUGGAUUGUCCAGCAUUUGUUGGCCCGCGGCGAAAGCCCAUCUGCAAUUCGCAUCCUGGAUCUCCUCUCUCCAACAAAAGACGUUCUCGAUCUAGGUGUAGCCUACGUCAAAACCAAUAUCUCCGAUGAAAUCCAAGUCAACGUCGCAUUUGAGCAACCAUGGCCGCAAACCGUUGCACAGCUCCCCUUGACUGUCUUCCACACAGCAGCCAUUAUUCGCCCACAAGAUCGGAUGAAAAUGCUUCUGUUCAUUCACAACAGAGUGAAUCUGGACGGCACAAAGAAUGUUCUCAACGCAGCCAGAAACAACGGUGCAAGCUGUUUCAUCUCGACUUCUUCUGGAUCUAUAGCUCUUCACCGCCCCAAUUUCUGGGUUGCUCCUUGGUCGAAAGUGCCUGGACGAGCUGUACAGAUCCUCAGCGAUUGUGCCCCACUACCGAAAAGACAUGAAGAAUUUUUUGGAAACUACGCCGUGAGCAAGUCCGAAGCGGAACGGUUCGUUCGUUCGGCGGAUGACACUUCAUCUAAUUUCAGAACUGGAUGUAUUCGACCGGCGAAUGGUAUCUAUGGAAUUGGAAGCGAUGCCGCAAUGACUCUUACUGGUGUCUAUUUACGUAGAGGAACCUGUCCAACUUGGUUGAACAACGUCAUACAAAGUUUUGUCAACGCCGAGAACGUUUCUAUUGCCCAUCUGCUCUAUGAACAACACUUGCUAGAGCAAAGUCAACCUGGCUCCACGCUCCCCAAUAUUGGUGGAGAAGCUUUUGUUGUCACGGACCCCAACCCGGCAAUCUCUUUCGACGACGUUUACACGCUACUGUGCACUCUUUCCAAGACCCCAGUUCAUUUCCCGAAGAUUCAACCUGUACAGAUGCUCGUUUUAUCUCAUAUUCUUGAGGUCUACUCGUACAUUCAGUUCAAAUACUUGCCCUGGCUUUUACCAGCGAUCAAGGGUGAUCUGGCCCAAAUCCAACCAUCGCUGUUUUCUAUUUCGGACGUGUUUGUCAUUGCGGAUGAUUCACGAGCGAGAAAAUCACCCGAGCAAGGAGGAUUGGGAUACAAUGCUCCACUUACGACAAUUGAGGCUAUGUGUAAGCAGUUGCUGGAUUGGAAUGAGAAGGCUGAUGCAAAGAAGGUUUUCGUUGAGGAGAAGGUGGGACCUUUACGAGUGACUGAAGAAGGAGUUGACAUUAAUGUUGCUGCACCGGUGAAAAAUAUUUAG